AUGGCAAAGCGUGGCGCCGACGGGCAGAAGACUCGGGACGACACCUCUGACAAUGAGGAGGAGGACCCGGGCGUGCGCACCGAGGCCCUCAAGCCUAUCGAGGGCCGGCAGAUCCGCAGUAUUCCCAAGCGGAAAGGGGUUGCGCCGUCGCCCUUCGCGCUCGGCGGGAGUGGUGGAACCAACGGCCCGAGCUCGAGCUCAGCGCCUGCUCCCGCGGCAGCGCCUCCUCUCCCAGCAGCGUCUGGAGGGUUUGGAGGCUUCAGCUUCGGAAAGCCUACUGGCCCCACACCAAUCACGACUGCUCCAUCCACAACUACCCCGUCGAGUUUCUCGUUUGGUUCCACAGACAAGCCCAAAGAGAAGGAGGACGACGCGAUGGACGGCAGCUCCAAGUCCGCGUUUGGCGGGUUCAGCUUCGGCAAGGCUGCCGCGCCAGCUGAGAAGGCGGCGGACAGAGCGGCUGCUGCCAAGCCCGCGUUUAAUGGGUUCAACUUUGGCAAGGCGGCGGCUCCCGCAUCGGUCGCGGCACCCACUCCCUCAUUCGGCACCGCGGUUUCGGCAAGUGCCAAGGAGCCCGCGCCGCCCGCGCAGCGGGUAUCGAGCGGCAUCGUCCCGUCACAAUCAGCGCCGCCUGAUGAUGGCGAGGUUGCGUACUACACCGCGCUGCGUGGACUGAAUGCGGCGUUCUUGAGCUUCGUUUCCAAGAGCAUCACCAGCAACGAGUUUAUCAACCUCAGCGUCGUGCUGCCUGACCUCGUGCGGCAAUACGAAGGGUACCUCGCCGAGUCGAGUGCCAAGGCGGGGUGGAAGCCCGCACCAGCGGCCGCGCCGUGCGCUCCAGCGGCAGUGGCUGCAAAGAUCGCCGAGAAGGUGGAGAACGGGAAGGCUGUCGAGAAGGAGAAGGAGAAGGCACCCGCAUUCUCCUUUGCUGCCCCGAAGAAGAGCUCGGACGCAGUGAACGCUGCAGUCGCCGCCGUCCUAGCCGAGAAGGAUGAGCCAGAGAAGAAGAAGGAGGAGCCGAAGAAGGACAAGGGGUUCUCGUUUGGUUCCGCCAAGCCGGCUGGCCUCUUUGCGUUCGCGCCGUCGGCUCCUCUUGUUCCGACCACGCCUGACAGCAAGACGUUCAACCCGUCGGAGAAGCUCGGCAAGUUUGGCGCCGACGGCACCACGCCACAGCUCCCGUUCGGCAUGGCUUCGACGCCGAGCAAGGGUCCGAGCACCGGGUUUAGCUUUGGCAGUGCCGAGAAGAAGGACUCGGCGGACCAGGCGUCGUCGAGCCCGGCCUUCUCGUUUGGCUCGGGACCUGCGGUGGCCAAGCCGGCAGACAAGCCCGCGUUCUCGUUUGGCUCUGCUUCCAGCGCCAAACCGGCUGACAAGUCGUUCUCAUUCGGGUCCUCGGCCUCUGGGUUCACUUUUGGCGGCUCGCAGGACAAGGACAAAGCGGAAGCUGUCAAGCCAGCUGACAAGCCAGGCUUUUCCUUCGGAUCCUCGUCAUCGACACCCAAGCCGUUUACGUUUGGCUCGAGCGCGCCCAGCUUCUCCUUUGGCAGCACGUCCUCAACUCCUCCAGCAACCACCACCCCAACAUCCACCACCCCGGCUCCGUCUACAACCCCCGCCACCGAGACUCCCGCAGGAGAGGAGACGAAGAAUCUCGCCGAUGCCGAGGGCGCGGGCGAAGAGAAUGAGACGACCGUGUAUGAGCAGCGCGGAAAACUGUACGACCUCCAAGGAGGGAAGAACACCGUUGUCGGUUUAGGGCAGCUCAAGCUCAAGCGUGCCGAGGACGGCAAGCGUCGUCUCCUGAUGCGCGCGGAUGGGAGCGGGACUGUCGUGCUCAACAUGGCACUGCACGCUGCCUUCAAGGCCACUGCGGAGGGGAAGCAUGUUCGGUUCAUUGGCUUUGACUUGGCUGGCAAGAUGAAGCCUUUCGCGCUCCUGGUCAAGACGCCCGACUUUGCCAAGUCGCUCGUUGAGGCCCUGACGAAGGAGGUUGCAGCGCUCAAGGAGUCAUAG